AUGACCUCCUCUCUCUACACUUACACCGUCCCCACCUACCUCAAGGGCCUGGAAACCCUCACCCUCAUCCUCAAAAAGGCCGAAGAAUACGCCAAAGAAAACAACAUCCCCCUCUCCGAGUUCGCUGAGGCCCGUCUCUACCCAAACAUGCUCCCUCUGAGCUUUCAAGUCCAAUCCGUCAGCAACACUUCCAAGAACUCCGUCGCCCGACUCGCUGGCACCGAAAAUGUGUCUAUGGAAGACAACGAGAAAACCUUUGAGGAGUUCUACGAUCGCAUCAACCGGACCAUCGAGGUGAUCAAGGCCGUUGAUCCCAAGCUCUUCGAGGGCAAAGAUCACACCGAGUUCCAUGUGAAGUUUGGCUCGUAUGAGUCGACCUUUACCGGCGAGACAUACGUGAAUCGUUUUGGGCUGCCGAAUUUCUUCUUCCAUCUGAACAUGGCGUAUGCGAUCUUGAGAAGUAAGGGAGUGCCGCUUGGGAAAUUUGAUUAUCUCAAGUAUUUCAAUGCUUGA